AGAGGAACAGUGUCGCAAUCUAGCAUGGACCACAGAUCCAUUGAGUGCAGACAUAAGAAAAUUAUCAAAAUGUUCCCUGCAACUCAAGUUCUGGGUGGUGGUAGUGGUGGUGGAAGGAAGAGAACUGAGGUGCUGUCAGGCAUGAUUGUGUGGAAUGUAUUGGUGCUCGUUCUUCUGGUGCUGGCAGUGUGUGUACAGGGGCGAGGUGGUGGUAGUCCCUCUGACACACCAUCCCAUUUGGCAGUGAGACGCUCCCCUCAAGGUGAGAGUGUCAAGAAGGAAGGUGUUGGUACUCCAGAGCUGGAAAAGUCUGCAGAUCAACCAAAACUCAUGCCACAGUCGGCUCAGGGCAGUGACUCUGGGGAGCCGCAAAUUUCCAAGACAACACCAAAGAGCAUUGAAAAACCAGAGGAAAAAAAAGAAGAAACACAAGAAGGGAAAGGAGGAAGUGGAGAUAUACCACCUGUCCCAGAGAACAAGGAUGGUAACAACACCAUCAAAGAAGAUGGUGGGGGAGGGAUGCUGGAGUCCCAUAUUCCCACCAUGUCCACAGAAGCCGUCCUGAGAGGGUUCUAUGUUUUUGUUGGCAUAUGUGUCAUCGUUCUCAUCUACAUUGUCAUUAAGCUGAUCAGACUGCGGAGGAGACGUGCUCCAGGCAAAUACAGAGUCUUGUCCCACACUGAUGAUCAGGAGAUGUUCCCCUUGGCUGCCGGAGAGGGUGAAGAUGAGGAAAUCUUCAACGCUGCCCACCACCAGCCUCGGAAAUAGCUAGCCAUGACUGCCAGCUGUCUUGUUCCCUCUUGUUCUUCAUGACUGGAGGAUUUUUGAUGUGCAUUCCUUGAGGAAGUGUGGACAUUUUGAGUGUCACUGAGUGUGUGUGUGUAUGUGUGUGUGUGUGUGUCUAGUUAGAUGCUGCAUGCAUACAGAUUUUACAUAUGUACUUUGAUUGUGUACUUUGCCAUAGCUCUAAUCAGUGCAAGUUUGCAGGUUUAUCUUUCCUUUGUGUUAAUGAGUGUAAGUAAUGUUUUAGUGUGUGAUGCAAAGAGUUUGUACCUGGCUUAGUGUAGGUCUAGACAUAUUGCUUUUAUUGCAUAGUACUUUCAUAAAGCUUUCUUGAUUAUACUAGGAUCUAUUCCUAGGAUUGGUAAUAUCAAGUUAGGUUAUGGCUACAUAAAGGAGUGAAGCCAAUCAUUGGGAUCUACAAUCAGGUGUAAUAAUCUUUGACAGUCACUAUAAUGAACUGUCUGAUAAAUCCAUGUGACAACACAUAACAAGUUUGUGGUAAAAAGUUGACGUACAUUUUUUACAAGGAAUGUUCGGGAAAUUAAAUCAUUCCAUUAAUAUACAUUGCCUUUUCUAUUGUGAAGAUUUAGAAUGCAUUGAUCAUUGUCAGACUGAAUGAUCAUUACUGUAUAUUCUUUGCAAUAUAUAAGAUUACACUUAUAGUUGAACUCUGAUACAUUAUUGUCAUAACUCAUGCAAAUUUUAUAGUUGUACUUACUGUGAAACUGAGUAACUUCAGUAUCAGUUUUUGCCUCUGAACACAGUUACCUGUAACCUUUAACUUAUAUAAACCAUUACCUGAUGUUGAAAGCAAAGUAACAGUUAUCAUUCUUACAACACAUCAUGCAAAUGUACACAUUAGGUACCAUCAGCCUGAAUGAAUUAUUAGUGAUUACCAAGCUUAAAAAAAGGCAGUUUUAUGAACAAAAAACUGACAAUAAAACAGGAGAGAAAGGAUCAGAGACACCCAAUAGCUCAUGAGGGUGUCACCACAAGGCUGUGUAUUAUAUUAGGGAUUCAGUUAUAGAUUAAGGAGUAGCAUUGGUGUAACUGCAUUUUUCUUGUCCGAUUAGAGUUUGGGGAGAAGAGGGCAGCACAUCACUUGUUCUCAGAUGUGCUAACCCUUAAGGGAAUUACCAUUGUUAUCAUUAUUUUUUAUUUAUUUAUUUAUUUAUUUAUUUUAUUUAUUAUUUUAUUUAUUUAUUUAUUUUAUUUAUUUUAUUUUAUUUUAUUUAUUUUUUAUUUAUUUAUUUAUUUAUUUAUUUUUUAUUUUUUUUUUUUAUUUAUUUAUUUUUUUUUUUCCACUUGUUGUCCAUAGUGUGUUCUUUCCUCAUUGAUCUGGGAGAGGAAUCUUAGUUGAAGGCCAUGCACUAGUCUUUGUAGUAAUGUCUUCACUACACCAGCUUUGGCCUCUCCUCAUCAGGCUUGGACAAGGGUUUUUGUGCCAGAUCACUGUCAAAGAAAUUGGAAUUUUGCAAAAGGAAUCCUCCCAGUGUGAUACCAGCUUUUUGAUGCUUUGGUUCCUGUGUUUGCAUCAUGAGUGAAGUGUUUUUCUAAAUGGGUAUUAGUUAGUUACCAAAUACUUUGCUCUUUUUAUUGUCUUUGUGUGUGUGUGUGCAAGACCCAAUUGUAGUAGAGGUUAAUUACAAAAGAAACAGAUACAAUUAUGAUUAUAUUCAGAUAA